GGAAUAUAUGAAGGAAAAUGUCAAUAUCUGGUGCAGUACACAGAAAAGCAGAUGCAGUUGCAUGGGAAUCUCCUACCGAAAACUCUAUAAAUCCUUGUCAUGAAAGGCAGAUGAAAUUCCCAUAUUCCAUGGCAAUUUCGUGGCAACAAAGGAGUUGUGGUCUAACCCUUUUAUGGCCAGUUUGCAUCUUGGCCCUCACUCUGGGCACAGGAGCCUACAGAUCUAGUACCUCAUCAGAAAGUAAGUCUUUAAUCCAAUUUAUACAAGCAGCCGAUCCCGAAAAUAUUCUCGAUCUAAAUUGGAAUGGGCAUAUACCUGAUCACUGCUCUGGUAUGUGGAUGGGUAUAAAAUGUGAUGUACUCUCGCUCCAUGUAACAGAGAUCAGGCUCGAGAAUAUGAAUAUCAGUGGGAGAAUUGAUGCAGAUUCUCUCUGCAAGCUUCCAUCCCUACAAUUUCUUAGCUUGGCAAUCAACCAUAUCACUGGUGAUAUUCCAGAGUCAAUGUCAAACUGUCUUGGUCUUACUUAUUUGAAUCUAAGCAGUAAUAUGCUGAAUGGAAAAGUACCUGCAUCUAUGGAAAGCUUGAAGAACCUCAGAAGCUUUGACAUCUCAAACAAUAAUUUAACAGGAUACAUUCCUCAUUUCAAACAGGAAAUUGAGCUUGUUUACCACAAUACCAUGAUAUCAGGCAUGUCUGUUAAUGAAACUGACCCUGCGAUAAAGGCCUCUGAUGAUAAAAUCCGUGACAAUGUAAAUCAGCCAAAGGCGCCUACACUAGCAUGGUCCAUCACAAUUCUCACUUUAGUUCUCUUGAUCACCUUCUUUUCACUGUUCAUAUUUUUCACUGACAAGAAAAAUCCUAAAGUUGCUGAAGUGAAGGAGAGCAAGAAAUGCGUUCACGAGUCUUCUGCAAGAAAUUAUACCACUGGGACUGAAGAUGAUAUAGAGAAAGGAGGGAAAGUUCAAGACCUUGUAUUCUUUGGUGAAAGACAGGAAAAAUUCACCAUGGACGAUCUCCUCACGUCAGCAGCUGAUCUCCAGGGCCGGAACAUCUAUAGCAGUCUCUACAAGAUUAGGCUAAAAAACAGUUCCAUUUUUGUUGUCAAGAGGUUGAAGAAUUUGCAUGUCUCAGGAGAUGAUUUCAAACAAAAAGUCAUGCGGAUAGGGAACUUGAAGCACCCUAAUCUCCUGCCACUUGUGGCUUGCCAUUCCUCAGACCAUGACAAGCUUUUAAUUUACCGAUAUCAAAACAGUGGAAGUCUCUCAUCCCUUUUCUCAAGUAAGACUUUGUAAUGUAUACUGCAUCUCUGUUAUUUUGUUAGCUAUUCAGCUAAAUAAUUAUAGUUUUGGUCUUGCAGGCUACGUAGAACGUAAGGUGGACAUCCCAUGGAAAAAGAGACUAUCUAUCAUGAGUGGGAUUGCAAGGGGAUUAGACUACAUAGCCAGAGAGUUGGAUGAAGACUGUGCCCCUCAUGGGAAUCUAAAACCUUCCAAUGUUUUACUUGGUGAGACUGAAGAACCACUGAUAAGUGAGUUUGGAAUCUUGAAUCUUUUAUAUGGAAAGAGGGCACUACUGUAUUCAUCAUACGGGUAUAGAGCUCCAGAGAA